AUGGCUGGUCAGUUUGUUCUUGCUUCUCAGCUCACUCCAUUGUGCAAUAGGAAGGCCAUUCGAGUUAGGCUGGUGCGAACAUAUGCUGUUUACGAAAACAGAGAAAACAAGGCGAUUAGCAGUCUGGAAUGUGUUUUCCAUGAUGUAGAGGGUGUGUUUGUUCACUGUACUAUACCUAAGGAUCAAGUCCAAAAAUGGACCAAAUUCAAGGAAGGUUGUGUUUAUGGGAUAAAGAACUUCCUUUGCAUUACUAACUACUUGAAGUUCAAGACAAGUAAUCAUCGUUUCAUGCUUAAAUUUAAGCAUGAUACUAUGGUUAAGGAGUACAAGAAAGUUAGUUUUCCUCACAAGACUUUUCGUUUAAAAUCGAUAUCUUCCUUGGUUAGGAAGGAUGAUAUUGAUGAGAAGAUGCUCAUAGAUGUUAUUGGAAGGGUCACUGAAAUCUAUUCUCCAGUGGAGAGGGUUGUAGCAGGACAGAGAGCUAGGCUUAUUGAUUUUGUUUUGGAAGAUAUCAAGUGA